AUGACCAUGUCGGCCGAUAACAGCACCUCGGCUCUGGGGCGCCGGCUAGGCUCAUGUUUUAUGCCUUGCAGCUCCAGCAAACGAGCGCGGACACAUUCAGCUGAAGUAUACCCUCCGAUCGGGAAACUGGCAGACGAUCUCCUCGUAGAGGUUCUGAUCCGCGCCCUGCCGAACCCUAGGUCCGCCUGCCGAUGCAAGCUCGUCUGCAAGCGGUGGAGCUCUCUCAUCUUCGACCCAGUACGGUUCAAUCGCCGUUUCAUUUCUUACCACCGGAGCAGGAGCCAACAACCUCCUCUGCUUCUUCACUCAGACGACCCGCAAUCGAUCAUCACGAGCUUUCUCCCUAUGAGCCGUCUAUCCCGUAUGUCCUUUGCAGUAAUGGAUUCUUACAAGGAUCUGGUCUUAUGCGGGUUUGAGAAUGUGGGUCUAACCAGCCGCGAAUUGUAUGGAACAUACUUCCUCUGCAAUCCGUUUACCAAGGAAUGGCUCGCCCUCCCUUUGGCGCCUGAAUUGCCAGCAGGGUGCCCGUAUUUCUUCACAAGGUUAGUCUGUGAACCCCGCAUGUGUAAUGAUCUCGAUCUAGGAGAUAACCAAGUCUUUGCUUAUUCGUCCGAGUAUCGAUUCCGCGUGGUGCGCCUAUACUCGCGUGGAUCGUCUACAAAGCUAGACGUGUUCUGUUCGGAUACCGGAGAAUGGACCAAGGAUCGUCUUAUGGAGCAGGAGGUGCUGAAAGGCUCAGAUCCGAAAGAAGGAUGAUGGCGUUCGAAGGAGCUUAUCAACUUGUAUGAUACCAGGUGUUUGUUAUUAUCAACUUUCAACCUGAGAGUGAGAUAUCCAGAAGUUCAGAUUGGCACAGAGUCUGGAUUUUUGAGACUGCAUCUGCAUAUCCUUCUUAUCCACUUUCGUUGAUCUGGUAUUGAAUGAUUUCGGAAGUUGUAUGGGGUUGCUUGCUUUGUUUAUUUUAAUAAUUUUAUUACUUUCCAAAUGCUACCCAAACGUUAUACGGUUUAUGACUCGUACAAAAAUAAAAAUCAGCCUUACAGUUACAGAACUAACUGAACAAUAUGUAGUGUUUGUAAUGUAACUUGAUAUAAAUUUUUUGAUUCAUCCCUAUAGGUUUCGGAUUGUCAUAGUCGUUAGGGACAAGACUGGCAACUGCUCUCCCUUACGCUGCGCAAAUCUUUUGAUCACAGGCUGCUAUGCAUAGUAGGCAUCCAUCUACCCAAUCCAUUACCACAGUUAGAUGCUAUCCUCACAAGGAACCAAUGACAACAUUUCAUUUGAAGUUCACCCUGGGAAAGAGGCCGUCGAGUUCAUUUGAAAAGGAAACAUAUAGAAAUAGUUUCAACUGCACAGCUGCUCCCGAACCGUUUAUUGGUCUUAAUGCAACCAUGUUUGGUUGUUUUAUUUGGAUCACA